AUGGCUGCUGAUUCCUCUGUAAUCUUCAAUGGAAAUGGCAUUGGCAAUGGCAAUGGUAGUAGUAUCAACCCACUGCCUAACCUACAGAGAACUUACCAAGUUGUAGUGGCUGCCACCAAAGAUAUGGGCAUUGGUAAGGAUGGAAAGUUGCCAUGGAGAUUACCUACUGAUCUCAAGUUUUUUAAGGAGAUAACUAUGACGACUAAUGAAUCCGGGAAGAAGAAUGCCGUUGUUAUGGGAAGAAAAACAUGGGAGAGCAUUCCUUUUCAGUUCAGGCCUCUUCCUGGUCGGCUUAAUGUUGUUUUGACUCGCUCCGGUAGUUUUGAUGUUAAAGCAGCAGAAAAUGUUGUAAUAUGUGGAAGCAUGUCUUCUGCGUUGGAACUUUUAGCUGCUUCUCCUUAUUGUACGUCGAUUGAGAAAAUAUUUGUCAUUGGUGGUGGUGAGAUAUUUAGAGAUGCUCUCAAUGCUCCCGAAUGUGAAGCUAUCCACAUCACAGAAAUUCACACAAGCAUUGAGUGUGACACUUUUAUGCCUCCGAUUGAUUUCACUGUAUUUCGGCCAUGGUACUCAUCCUUUCCUAAGGUGGAAAACAACAUUCGAUAUUCUUUCACCACUUAUGUGCGUAGACACGAGGAAUACAUGUAUCUUAAUCUGGUUCAAGAAAUCAUAUCUCAAGGUACCUCCAAAGGUGAUAGAACAGGGACUGGGACCUUGUCAAAAUUUGGUUGCCAGAUGAGGUUCAAUCUGCGCAGAGGCUUUCCGCUUCUAACAACUAAGAGAGUAUUUUGGCGCGGGGUUGUUGAAGAGCUUCUUUGGUUUAUCAGUGGCUCAACAAAUGCCAAGCUGUUACAGGAAAAAGGCAUUCAUAUAUGGGACGAUAAUGCAUCCAGGGAAUUCCUUGAUAGCAUUGGUUUGUCAGAGAGGGAGGAGGGUGACUUAGGACCUGUUUAUGGGUUUCAGUGGAGGCACUUUGGUGCCAGGUAUACAAACAUGCAUAAUGACUAUACUGGCCAAGGAGUUGAUCAGCUUUUAGAUGUUAUCAACAAGAUAAAGCAUAAUCCUGAUGAUAGACGGAUCAUUCUCUCUGCAUGGAAUCCAGCAGAUCUUAAAUUGAUGGCACUUCCACCCUGUCACAUGUCUGCGCAGUUCUAUGUAGCAAAUGGGGAGUUAUCGUGUCAAAUGAAUCAGCGAUCUGCUGAUAUGGGCCUGGGUGUGCCAUUCAACAUUGCAUCUUAUGCCCUCCUGACAUGCAUGAUUGCUCAUAUUUGUGAACUUGUUCCAGGUGAUUUUAUCCAUGUUCUUGGGGAUGCACAUGUUUACCAAACUCAUGUGAGGCCUUUGCAGGAGCAGCUUCAUAACCUGCCAAAACCUUUUCCAACUUUGAAAAUCAAUUCAAAGAAGAAAGAUAUGGAUUCUUUCGUGGCUACUGAUUUCAAGCUCAUUGACUAUGAUCCUCACCAGAAGAUUGAGAUGAAGAUGGCUGUUUAA